AUGUUUAUAGCGCGCGGCCCUAUUGCCCUUUUCAGUAAUUUUCCUUCCGAGAGGCUUUGUAUUUAUGCCUCUUCCAGUUUGUGUUCACCGCGUUUGAUGUCUGAAACCCGCAAAAGUGCAGGUAAGGAAAAUGAGGGGCCGUUUCCAUAUGACACGGAAACAAUUUACGGUGAGGCCGGAUACUUAAAUCUUGUCCGACGUGUCCUGACAGAAGGAGUCUUGCGACAGGAUAGGACUGGGACAGGAACAUGGUCGAUUUUUGGACCUCAAAUGCGUUUUGAUCUGCGAAAGGGGGAUUUUCCAUUGCUGACAACCAAGCAGACAUUUUUUAGGGGUAUACUGGAAGAACUACUUUGGUUUAUACGAGGUUCGACUGAUUCUAAGGAACUCUCUGCAAAGAAGGUACGGUUCUGGGACGCCAAUGGAUCUCGGGCUUUCCUCGACGAACUGGGGUUCACUGAUCGCGAAGAGGGUGACCUUGGUCCCGUCUACGGCUUCCAAUGGCGUCACUGCGGUGCUGACUACAUCGAUUGCAAAACGGACUACUCGGGACAGGGGGUUGACCAGUUGGCCAACUGCAUCAAACUUAUUCGUGAGCGCCCCUGGGAUCGUCGUAUCCUCCUCGUAGCGUGGAAUGCAAGAGACCUCCACAAAAUGGUGCUGCCACCGUGCCACUGCCUCGUGCAGUUCUACGUUGCGAACGAGGAGUUGUCCUGCAUGCUGUAUCAGCGAUCCGGUGAUAUUGGUUUGGGUAUACCGUUCAAUAUUGCCAGCUACGCCCUCCUGACAUUGAUGAUCGCGCACGUCACCGGCCUAAAGCCUGGUGAAUUCGUCCACACUAUUGGUGAUUGUCACAUCUACACUAACCACCAGGAGGCGCUCGAAUUGCAGAUAAAACGAAAGCCGAGGCCAUUUCCCAAACUUCUGAUCAAACGGGAGGUUAAGGAAAUUGACGAGUUUAUUGCAGAGGACUUCGAGCUGGUUGGAUAUGAUCCACAUCCAAAGAUUGUCAUGCAAAUGGCAGUCUAA